AUGGCUUUAAGAAAAAGAACAUUUCUGCAUGAUGCAAUAGACAUGAUAUCAAUGGGGAGCCAUACACUCGAAAGCGAUGAUUUUACAAGAUGCUUCCAGCCAAUAUCUGGGAUCGAGAUGGAUUCAAGUGGGAUAUUCUAUACAUUUUCGUUUCUGAUAAGGUAUUUUGUUUUAUUUCCAGUCAGACUUACAUUCUUUACAACAUGCAUGGCUAUAUUCUGCUUGAUGGUGAUGAGAUACACAAUCACAGGAAACAACAAGCAUCUGGAUAGUGCAUUCAUGUUUAUAAACAAAUCGCUGAUGAUGUCAACAAAUGCCAAGAUCAAGCAUAUUGGGGAAAAGGUUAGGUUGAAUGAGCCUCAUGUUUAUGUGGCAAAUCACACAUCCUUUUUUGACUUUAUGCUUCUCAGUAGUUAUAAAUUUCCUCAUGCAUGUGUCUCUGAAAAUCAUGGAGGUCUGUUUUCAUUUUUGUUUAAGCUUAUUCUAACACGUAACGGCUCGAUUGCUUUCAAACGAAGUGAAAGAGUAGAUAGAAGACUGGUUGUUGAGAAGUUGAAGUUACAUGUGCAGAACACGCAACAGGCACCGAUGCUGAUCUUUCCAGAAGGGACGUGUGUUAACAAUAAAUUUUCAGUGCUUUUCCAGAAAGGGGCUUUUGAGCUUGGAGUGGCGAUCUGUCCUGUUGCAAUAAAGUUCAAAAGGGGCCUUUUUGAUCCGUAUUGGAAUAGAAGAGUCAAUGGUUUUGCAACACACAUGUUCUAUCUUAUGACAAGGUGGCGAGUGGAGGCUGAGGUAAGAUGGAUGCAGCCUGUAAGGAUCAUGAAGGGAGAGAAUCCAACACAGUUUUCACACAGGGUCAAAAUGCUUAUUUCCAAAAGUGCUGGACUGAAAAACACACUGUGGAAUGGAUUGCUCAAGAGCAGACCGGCAAUAAAAGAUAGAGAGAUGCUGGGUGAGGCGUAUCUGAUAACAUAUGAGAAAAUGGCAUCCAAGGGAUUCUGCAAGAACGAGCAAAAGACAGAUAAGAAUAAAUUUUAUCUUUGUGACGAGAAUAUCGACAAUACAUCAACAAGGAACCAUUUAUACUUUGAAGCAGCCAUUCCAUACAAAAAGUUCCAGAAUGAGGUGCUUAAAGAGUAUUUGAGGCUCAAGGAGCUUCCACAGACCGAGCUGAAGUUUCUAUUGACAAACCACAAGAGCGUUAGCGAUUCACUGGAGGAUACCAAUGCAAGAAUGUUUUGCAACUGUCAAAGCAAAAUGUAA